ACGCAACCAAUCACGUACCCCGAGCUCUUCCCAAACCAGCAGCGGAACAAGUACCAGCACCUCCUCCCAAACCAGCAGCGGAACAAGUACCAGUACCUCUUCCCAAACCAGCAGCGGAACAAGUACCAGUACCUCUUCCCAAACCAGCAGCGGAACAAGCACCAGUACCUCUUACCAAACCAGCAGUGGAACAAGCACCAGUACCUCUUCCCAAACCAGCAGUGGAACAAGCACCAGUACCUCUUCCCAAACCAGCAGUGGAACAAGUACCAGUACCUCUUACCAAACCAGCUGUGGAACAAGCACCAGUACCUCUUCCCAAACCAGCAGCGGAACAAGUACCAGUACCUCUUCCCAAACCAGCAGCGGAACAAGUACCAGUACCUCUUCCCAAACCAGCAGCGGAACAAGUACCAGUACCUCUUCCCAAACCAGCAGUGGAACAAGCACCAGUACCUCUUACCAAACCAGCAGCGAAACAAGUACCAGUACCUCUUCCCAAACCAGCAGUGGAACAAGUACCAGUACCUCUUCCCAAACCAACAGUGGAUCGAGCAGCAGCACCUCAUCCCAAAGCAGCAGCGGAUCGAGCACCCCCAGUCCACUCAGAUCUCGUUUCCCCCGGGGUAGUUUUGUCGGUCAUCGUACAUUUCGGUAUGGUAUCCAUUACUGGAGUGUGGAGAUCAACCACUCACAAUGUCCUGGUGAUGAUAGCUGCUUUGCGAAGAGUUCUCCCUGGAUCUUGA